AUGGAGGCAGAGCUCAAUGAGUUCUUUGCGGGCUCGUUCCCCGAUGGAAUCCCCAAAGAUGUCAUGGGAGAGCUUCUUUCCAUCAUGCGGGUGCACUCGGUCUCCGCCGAGGAGCUCUUCUACAAAUGGGAGUCUUACAGUAUGAAGAUGGGUGAGGGGGUGAAGUUGACCAUGAGUACCGUGAGAGGCUUCAAGCAAGAUGUCCAAGAAGCCCUGGAGCGCGACAGCCGUGACAAGGCCAGCCGACACACAGAGAAACGAGGCGCAAACACAGCGACCCCGCGUGCGCCCGCGGCCGGCGACGAUAUGUUCGGAAUGUUCGAUCAAUUGACACCGACCGCUUCGAAUACACGGACUGUCACGGUGAAUGGGAUUGGAUCGGCAAAGCGCAAGGCUGAGUUUACUUCGCCCGCUACACCCAAGGUGAGCAAGUUCGACAAGCUUGCAACGGAGGGUGCAAAGACGCCAACCGGAACGCCAGGUGAUGGAGUACAGGCCAUUGCCUUCUCCGAACGACCGAACGCCGGCCAGACGGUGGAAACACUCAACGCACACCUGUCCCUGCCAGAGACCCCCAUGGCGCCGUUCUCUGAGGCACGCAUCAAGCCCACAGCGAACACAGACCUGAAGAAAUUUGGAUACAAACCGAUGGGUAUGAAAUUGUCAGAAGCAUCGGAGAUCCUCGAUGAUCGCAUUGAUGAAUUCGCAACAAUCUUUCAGGAACAAUACAACUCAGAUGAGGUCACUUUCGGAAGUGCGGCCACUCAAAGUACGAGUGAGAUCGUCGCGGUUGGCCGAAUUGCUUCGGAUGCUCUUGAAGGAAAAUUGAAUGCUGCCUCCCUUGUACUCGAGACCUCGCGCCGGACAGGAGCCGGCAGACGAGUUCCUUUGAAGGUAGACUCGGUAUCCUCGGUGAACUUCUUCCCCGGACAAAUCGUGGCUCUGCGGGGAAUUAAUCCUUCGGGGGAAUACUUUACUGUGAAAGAGGUGCUUCCCAUGCCUCUUCUCCCACCAGCGGCGUCUUCGGCUGUGGCACUUGAGAACAUCAAUGAGCGACUCGAUGGAGAUGCCAAUCCACCUCUCAACGUCAUGCUUGCAGCUGGCCCCUACACGGCCGAUGAUAACUUGGACUUCGAGCCAUUACAUGAGCUUUGCCAAAAAGCAGCCGAAAGUUACGCGGAUAGUGUUGUGUUAAUGGGACCCUUUUUGGACAUCGAGCACCCUCUACUUGCUUCCGGUGACUUUGAUAUGCCAGACAUCAAGGGAAUCGACCCGGACACCGCCACACUCUCUGUAUUAUUCCGACACUGUAUCUCAACGCCUCUGGCACGACUUGCCGCAGCAGUGCCCAGUAUCACUAUUGUGAUGGUUCCAUCUGUUCGCGAUGCUCUCAGCCGACACGUCUCAUGGCCCCAGGAGCAGCUUCCCAGGAAGGAAUUAGGCUUGCCAAAGCAAGUCCGCAUGGUCUCAAACCCCGUCACAUUGUCAUUCAAUGAGGCGGUUAUCGGAAUGUGCUCCCAUGAUGUGCUCUCUGAGCUCCGUCGUGAAGAGGUUCUGCAUGGCCGUCCAGCAGAGGGCAAUCUCCUCACCCGUUUACCUAAAUACCUCGUCGAGCAGCGCCACUUCUUCCCAUUGUAUCCUCCCACUGCACGAGCAAACCUUCCAAAGCCAGCUUCGGAAAACGGCAUAGCUACAGGCGCCAUGCUGGAUUUGCCUUACAUGAAAUUGGGCGAAUGGUGGAAUGUUCGACCGGACAUUUUGAUUGUACCGAGUAUGCUACCGCCGUUUGUGAAGGUCAGUCAGCCCAACGCCCUCAGACAUUUGUUUUUAUUAACCUUCAUUCAGGUCGUGGACAGCGUACUGGUCAUCAAUCCAGGUACUCUAUCUAAACGUCGUGCAGCAGGCUCCUACGUUCAAAUGGCCAUUCACCCUCGCUUAGUGGCAGAGAACGAGCGCGAGGAGAAGCAACUGAGCCACAAGUUGUAUGAGCGAGCCCGGGUCGAUAUCAACCGAAUUUAA